GGGGUGGGUCCCCUCUCUGCCCUGCCCAGGACGGGACAGUUCCUCAAGCCCAUCCAGCCAGAUUGUUCCACUGCGCCUAAUCCCACGUACACCAGGGGGAGCUAUCCCUUCCGACUCUUCCCCCAGCUGCUGAUUUGUUAUUGUAGGGUCUCUUGGGGGUGUACCCAGCCUGACUGCCUGCAGGCACCACAGCCCCAGACGAAGGGGAUCCCCCCGCUGGGGGAAGUGAUGCAGUGGAUGGAGGUUUAUAACCGCAGCUUCUGCCAGCCGAAGGAGAUGCUAGUGCCCGUGAGCGAGGAACACUCGGCUGAGGUGGAGCACCUGCUGGCACCCUCCUGCGUGGCCCUGCAUCGCUGCGCCGGGUGCUGCGCUGACGAGGGACUGCAGUGUGUGCCUACUCGCAUGCAUGUGGUGGUGAUGGAGGUGAUGAAAACCCGCUACCCGCACAGCCACCUGGGCCAGCUGGCCUUCAUUGAGCACAGUGCCUGCGAAUGCAGACCAAAGACAAAUAGCAAAGUAAAUCCAGAAAGGCCUGAGCGGCCCAAGGGGAAAAACAGCUUUGGACACAAAAACAGAAAGAGACCCCCUGAACAGGACUCCCCUCACCUGUCCUCCUGCCCGCCCUGCUCAGACAAACGGAAGCGCCAGGAUCCUCAGACAUGCCAGUGCCGCUGCCGGCGCAGGUCCCAGCACUGCCGGGACCGGGGCUUGGAGCUCAAUGAGCACUCAUGCAGGUGUGAGAAGCUGCGCAGAUGAUCUGACGGGAGAGUGGGGGUGACGUGGGACCAGCCUCUCCUACCCCCAAGCCCAACUCUUCAUUGGAACCAGGACAAGACUGGCCCUGAGCUCCCCCUGCUGGAGAGGAGCCCAAGGAAGAUGAGCAAGGCUGCCCAGGAAUGGACCUGAUGAGAGGACUCCUGGGACCAUGUUGGGGGGUCAGACCCCAUUAUCCACUGCCUGGACAGGACCUGUCAGGAGGGGCUGCAUCUUGCACAGCCUCUCGUGGACUGGGGCAGCCGGAUCCCAGGGCCCCUUCAGGACUCGGGCAGCUGGAUUUCAGGGCCCCUCCAGGAUUGGGGACCAGAUCCUGAGGCCCCUCCAGGACUCCAGUCCCCAGAUUGCUUUGAUGCCCACCAAGGCUGCCCAGCUCUGCUGACCAGACUCUCAUCCCCCUGUCGUUAUUUAAAGUUCCACACACACCCCUCACUGCCCCGCUCGUCCCCAAACUCAUUUAAUUUAAUACUUGCCCUCACCUUCCUCUCCAUCCCCCUGGAUCAAACCCUGUUUCCCUGCUGGAGCCAAGGGGAGUCUGGACACCAGCUCAAGGACUCUCCUGGGGCAUGUCCUGCUGCUGUAACUGCCCGCACAUUGGUAUCUGGCUCUAAAGCUAUUAAACGGAUGCGACACAACGGCCUGCAGAGCAGUGAGCACACGACCCCUGCAAACACCUAUGGGGGUCGAGGGAGCAUGCCCCACUCUCAGGACUCACCGAAUUGGAAGGGGCUGCUGUUCUGUGGGGCGCACUAUAUACUGCACUGGCUGGGGAGUGCCUUGCUGGAGGAGGUCCCCUGUUGUAGAGGGGAGGAGGGGUGGAGAGGGAAUCCUUGGCGGUUAUUGGCCUUUCAACUUUGAGCCGGCCUUAUGCUCCACAAAAGUUUGGCAGCCUUUACACCCAUGAGCUCUUCGCCUCAGGGCUGAGGGCUCCUUCAUGUUUGGCGUGUGUGGAAAAAUUACUGCUCCAUCUUAGAGCCGGCUGCAUCUCAGCACCAGGUGAGGGAUCCUUCUGCACCCCACCCCAGAGGUGGCUCCAUCUUGGUACGGGGCAGGGGAUUCCUAUCUGUACAAAUGCCAUAUUUUGGAAUCCUUUGGAAACACAAGGCGCUGGAAAA